AUGAGGUAUAAUAUUGUUAUCUUGCUGUAUUUUCUAAAAUGUUCUAUUCGCGCUGACGCCCAACGAUUACACUAUGUCUGCGAUUCACUACGGGAACUCGUCCAAAAUGAAUGCCCAACAAUGUUCAAAUUCCCCAAAGAAUUCCCGAAAGCAAAGGGGCAAUGGGGAGUUACGGAAAGCGGAAAGUACUUAAUCGCUCGCGGGCAAUUUUUUGAAUCUGGAACUGGACUUGGCAAUCGGCUAUUCGGGGCGUUGUCCUCGAUGGGGAUUGCCUGGAAAAUGCAUAGGCAACCUAUAUUCUCGAUUCGUAACGAACACUGUAACGUGGAAUGUAAGAAGGCAAUGUGGGAGCUGACGACGUUAUUCCCGGGGAUAAUACCAGAUCGUGCGCUCGACAACUCGGACAAGUAUUUGAAAUCCGAGAACCCGGAGAUCCGCAUCUCCCAGUGUUGUCUGUAUGACGAUCCGUUGACCAAAACCAACCUGAUCCUCGAUAUGAAACCGGCCGUCUGGUUUUACGGAGAUUUCUUACAGAGCUAUAAAUACUUUUACGGCCUGCGAAAAAUGUACGAGCCAAUUUUGAAAGCAGCGACGACCGAAACCUUUAUCACUGAAGUUUUGAAGAACUUUGCCAACGAUAGCACCCAAUUUUUCCUUUUUGGCGAUGACAUGGGGUGGUUGAAGAAUAUGGAGCCACGAUUGAAACAACAAGCUGAUCAUCUCCACGUCCUCGACGCUGCCGGAACGCCCCCUGUGGCCGCCUGGCAUUUUGCCAGCAAGUAUUGCGAUAAAGUGGUGAUCACAGCUGGUUCCUCGACGUUCGGCUGGUGGGCGGGAUACUUUGCGCAGAUGCAUCGUUCACAUGUCGAAGUGUAUUAUAACAAAAAAUUUGCAAAGUCCCCGGACUAUCUGCGACAGCAAAAAGACGAGGAUUACUACCUGCCCAACUGGAAGCCGCUUGAUUUACUGAAUGGCGAUGAC